AUGGCCACAGACAAGAAAUCCAAAGACCCUAUUCUGUCCAUUUUGGCAGGUACCUUUGCUGGUGGAAUUGAAGGUGUCGUGACCUACCCAACCGAAUACGUCAAAACUCGUCUCCAACUGCAGGCCGGUGGAAAGUUAGGUCCUGGCGAAGUUCGUUUCAAAGGUCCCAUUGACUGUCUUGUCAAGACAUACCAGUCCAAGGGCAUUGGUGCAAUCUACACAGGUGUUUCUGCACUUGCAAUCGGCAAUGCCGCCAAGGCUGGCGUACGAUUCCUCACCUAUGAUCAGAUUGCAAAUCAACUCAAGGAUGAAAACGGAAAGCUGACUGGUAUUCGCAGUUUGUUGGCCGGACUUGGUGCAGGAAUGACAGAGGCUGUGUUGGUAGUAACUCCUUCCGAGACCAUCAAGUAUUUGAUUCACGACAAGAAUAGCCAGACACCAAAGUACAAAGGCCUUGUACAUGGUACACGGUUAAUUAUCAAAGAAGAGGGGUUACAGGGUAUUUAUCGUGGAGUGGGUCCUGUUAUGGCACGUCAAGGAGCAAACAGUGCAGUUAGAUUCAGCUGUUAUUCAUCUUUCCGCGAAUUACUUGAGAAAUGGCACAACAAACCUGGACAGCCCUUGCCUUCCACACAUACUUUCCUUGCUGGCGCUAUGGCAGGAAUUGUGACAGUCUAUACUACCAUGCCCUUAGAUGUAGUGAAAACACGCAUGCAGGGGUUAGAUGCAAAGAUAUACAAGCAUUCUCUUGACUGCCUGAUUAAGGUUGUCAAGCAGAAUGGUAUCUUUUCUCUUUGGAAGGGUACUACUCCACGUCUCACUCGUUUGAUUUUCUCGGGCGGUAUUGUAUUUACUAUCUAUGAAAAGGUCUACAAUGGUCUCAAUACCCUCAAAUCCGCUUAA